AUGACGAAAGGUCUCGGUCUCCGGCAAUACCGGGCCUGCGUGAGAUGCCGCUCUCGCAAGACACGAUGUGAUCUACGAGGAAUCGGGGACUCCAAUAAACCGCCCUGCGUCAAGUGCAAUCGCGAGGGGGCUGAAUGCGUACUCGCCACGUCUCGUCGCGGAGGGGACUAUUCGCAUCUUCGGCGACAGAAAGGACGUCCAGCUCAGAGACAGCAGGAUGAGGAACCAGCACUAUCGACUCCACCCAUAUCAUCCCCUGGAAAUGGAUCGCUUCACUCAACCUCUGGAGACCACGUUCACGACAACUUGCAGAACCCAUCUGAUGCACUCUUGAUUCUUGCCAAUGCGGCAGGGCAGCCGGAAGACCAGUUUCAGGCCCAAGCUGGCAGUGACAACCCCUACCUGCUCGACAGGAAUGCCAGGAAUUUAUCCUUGAGCAUCCCCGGGAACCGACAUAUACAGCCCAGCGGCCGCAUGGGGGAUAUCUCAGCAGCUGCGGGAGGCAAAGACGCUUGUAUCUCUCAUCCAUUAAUUGAUAACGGGAUUAUAUUCCUACCCCUUCUGCUCGAGCUAUUAUCUUCAUACCGCAAUUCCUACCAUCAGUUCUUCCCAAUCGCCCCAAAGAGCGUCCUCAAUCCCGACAACAUCAAGCAAACGCUCCAGCAGGAACCAUUCCUCACCACCGCAAUUCUGGCUGUCGCAACGAAAGAUCGCCCGGACCAGUCCACCCGGCAUAAUAGCAUAUGUGACCAUCUCCAUCAGCGCAUACUUGACGUCGUUCUCGGCGUACCCGACACGCGCCAUGUCGGGUGUGUCGAAGGCCUCCUACUCCUCGGUGAGUGGACCCUCCUCAACUUAAGCCAAGCCGAUGACGGCGGUGGUGAGGCAGCCUGGUCUAUUAUUGGGCUUGCAGUCAGGCUUGCAUACCGGCUUCGACUGGAAGAUAGCGGAUUUCGCGGCGAAGGCAAUGAACUGGACCCCAUGGCGCAGCGGAAGCGCCUCGCGUGGACUCUUACGUACCUCUCCGAUCGCCAAAUAUCAAUACGCAUGGGCCAGGCCUUCUGGUGUCGGGGCCCUGCCCUCUCUGUCCGCUUCAUUGCGCAAGACUUCCCUUCCCUCCAGCCCCAGUCGAGGCCUCCUUUCUGCGAAGACUACGCCUCCUGGAUCCAAGCCCAAGUCGAGCUCACCACCCUCUUUGGAAAUGCCCAUGAUAUCCUCUUCGCCUCCAAAUCACGAACCGUCGAGCUAAUCACCCGCGGCGACUAUGUCAAAUAUAUCGAUGAUACGGGGAAGGCUAUGGCGGCAUGGAAGUGUGCUUGGAGGGGGAUUGCAGUUUCCAGUGCACUUUCGGGGUGUUUAACAAUCAUGCUGGAAUAUCUACGGCUGUAUGUGAAUGCCUUUGCAUUCCAGGCUGUGCUCUAUCGUGCUUCAAGGCCUACAGUCAAUCCCAACUCUUCUCCGGAAGUGUGUGUUUCGAGUAAAUUAUGUUUUCCAGACUCAACAAUGGCUAGUGCAGAUGCGAGGCAUAUCUAUGAGGCUCUGGAUGCGGCCGAGUCUCUGUUACGAGUGUUUGUUGAGGAAUUUGAUGAGACGCAGCUACGGUGUAUGCCAACGCGGUUUUACCUCUAUGAAAUCCAUUCCGCGGUAUUCCUAUACAAAACCCACGCGUCUGGCGCAAUUCCCCAGUCUCGCCAUGGACAUACUAUAUCUCUAAUCCAACGCUUCAUCACCGUCCUCCAGACCACCGCAAUCAGCGAGAGCCACAUUGCCUCACGCUACGCGCGACUACUGCACCAUCUCUGGUUCCAACGCCCACACAGUCCCCCAGACGACCCGAUCUCGGACAGUUGCGGUAUCAGACCAAACACGGACACCCCGUUUGGGGCCGUAGAUGGGCCGAUUGUAGAUGCUAGUUACGGAGCGUCCCUUCUUGAAGAUAUUGGGGUGGGUUCCGAUGCACUUGAGGGGGCUGAGUGGAUGGAUGGGCUUUUUUCGAUGCCUCCAGCGUUUCCCUAUGAUCUUUCGAUGUUCUUAAAGCAAGCAGAGGGGGCCGAGUUCCCUCCACUAUAG